AUGCUUCAACUUCUAAGUAUUAUUUUCCUUUUAACAUCGGUUCAGUUUACUAAAGGUACUAGUGAUACAUAUUUAAUAUAUGAAAAAGUUGGACAAUAUCUACGUAAUUAUGAAAUGAAAACUAAACAAGCAAUAGAUCAUAAUUCAAUUUAUGGGCUAGAAAAUUCAAAUAAAAUCGGAAUGGGUUAUAAUCCGGUGUAUGGAAGUCCAGUCUGUUACACUGGUGUAUGUCAAAUGGAAGGCUUCGCUCAGCCAAUAUUCAAACUACAAUACCAAUCUUCAGCACCCGGUUCAUGUACAAAUAAAUUAGUACCAAAUUUUGUAGCAGCGGACUGUCUACCAUCAUUUGUAACAAGCGCUAGUACCGAAGUUAUUAAUACAUUAAAACAACUAUCUGAAAGUAUUUCAAAUAAAAUCGAAGUCUCAAUUGGUGCCAAAUAUGGACAAUUUUCAUUUGGUUACACAAAUUCAAGGGAGACAAAUUAUAUGGUAGAUAAUAUUGUUCAAAAUAAUUUGACUUUAAUGUAUACAACAGCACAAGUUUCACAUAUUAAAUUAUCUAUGUUCGAACCUCUAUCCGAUAUAUUUAAUCAUGUUAUCGAUAAUUUACCAUGUUGUGAUAGCAAUGAUUAUGAUACAGAAAAAUAUAUUCGUGACUAUAUUUUUAGCUAUUUUGGUUAUACAUACGUUUCAACAUUAUUAUUAGGCGGUAUAGUACAACAAAAUAUAUUUAUGAAUCAUGAUUCAUAUAAACGACUUGAAUCAAGAAAUAUUUCAACAAAAAAUGCAGCUAAGGUUGAAUUUAAUAUAUUAUCAUCAGGUGUUUCAGUUGAAAAUUCACAAGCAAAAACUGAACAUCAAGAAUUUAUGAAGGAAGUUAAGAAUAGUUAUGGUACAAUAUUAGGUGGAGAUCCGUCAAUACAAGAUAUUAAUGAAUGGUCAAAAACUGUACCAUCAAAUCCUGUUAUUAUUAAAUUUGGUAUACGUGAAAUAUUUGAUUUAUUGAAUAAACGUCGUUUUCCCAAUGAUCCUCAAAUACAAAAUAAAUCAAAAUUAAUUGAAGAAGUAUUGACUAAAUAUAUUGCACAGCCAUUAUUUUGUUAUAAUAAUUGUGUAGAUAAAUCACAUGGUACUUGUGAAUCGUCCGGUUAUUUUCAAUUUGGUAUAUGUAAAUGUAAUCAAAACUGGACAGGGCUGGGGAGAAAAACAUGGGCUGGUGCUGAUUUUACCGUUUGUUAUAAAGCUACGACAACGAAAAAUAGCUCAAGUAUUGUUGGUGGCCUAUGCGGUCUAAAUAAUUCUGGAGGAAAGCAAUCAGCGAGUAUUCCUUGCAAUAAUUCAAUAGCUGGUACGUGUCCUAAUUAUAUACAGUCAGGGUAUUCGUUAGCGAGGUCGUCAUUGACUGUCAAUGGAGUUUUAAAAUAUCCAACUGGGUUUUGUUAUAAAUCAAAUUCAGCAUAUCCGGAUUUACCUGGCACGUUAUGUGGAAUACAAUGGGCACAAUCAGUAGACGGACCAGCAUGUGGUGGCUAUAAUCCUGGCUUAUCACAAUGUCCGCCGGGUUAUUCUGUACAGCUCUGGGUUCUAGAAUAUGGCACUCGUUUCCAUUUAUGCGCAAAACGAUGA